UCAUUGCGUGCAGCGUUUGUGCAUGGCUUGUACCAUGUUUCUGCAGUGAAACUGUAAACUGUGUGACUUGUGAAAGUGUAGUUGGAAAGGUACUAACGUAUUUUGGAUUUUGUUUGAGGAUUUUAGCCAAAAUCGUGAAACUAACAUGUUAAAAAACCAGAAUGGGUGAUUCUCGAUAUGAAAUGGAAGUAGACAAUCAAAGUGAAGACGGAGAGAUUAAAAAGAGCCCCAAGAAGGACCCAGAAAACUUCAGUUUUUCAGAGGAAGAAGGAGCCGAUACAACGGAUUCUCUCGAUAUAAAACCGCCACAAGCGGUAAUAAGACAUCACAAAGUAAAUGCCCCUCGUAGGCGUGACAAGCACAGUGAGAGGAGGGAUCGCAAGGAGGAUAAAGAGCGAAAAUCUCGGCAUCAUGAUCGUGGAGAGGAAAGACACAGAGAUAAGCAUAGGCAUAGAAGACACGAGAUGGAAUCUCUGGAUCGAGGAGAACGUUCUGAUGGCUCCAAGAGAGAAAGAGAGAGGGUGGAUCGUAUCGAGAGGAUAGAUUCGCAUUCUAGAGACUCUUCUAGGCAUGAGAGGAAAGAGAGAAAUACUGGAGAUCGAGUAUUGGAAGAUUUACGAGAAAGAUUGUUGGACAAACGACGAGAAAGGCGGGAGGAUCCUCGAGAAGCUCGGGAGUCGCGACGUGAGGCGCGUUUGGAGGAAGCUCGUGAAAUAAGGGAACCGCGCGAUCGUCGUGAUGCACGAAUGGAGGAAAUUCGCGAGCGUCAUGAACUCCGUCCUGAUGACGGACGCGAGCGUCGCGACAUAAGGACGGACGAUCGCCGACAUAUUCGUAUGAUUGAGGAGCAAUAUGCCGAGCCGGAAAUGAUAGAUCGUCCCGAGAAGCGUCACAAAAGAUCUCACAAGCACGAUCGAGUGCGCGACAGGGAUCGGGAGAAAAUGGAUCGUGAAAAUUCGCAUCGUGAUAAGCACAUGCGUCUUAUGGAUAUGGGCAAUAAUGAAGAGGACGAUGUGGAGGUGACCGAAAUUCCAAUGCUGUCGAAAGAUCCCAAGGAAAUGACUGAGCAGGAACUUCGACGCGAAAGUUUCUGGGCUUAUAGACUUUUAGAAGCCGAUAGAGAGAUGGCUAGGAGAAAAGAAGUGUCCAGGUUAGAGUUAGAGGCGAGACGAUUGAAACGAGGAGAAAAGCGGGCCUUAAGUCCAGAUAUGAAUCCAAACGCCUCUGUAGUUGAAUUAUCAGAUGAAAGUCCGAGUCCGGUACAUUCAGAUGACGGCAGAUCUAGAUCUGCAGAACGCUCUUCUGAGGAACGCAGAAGUAAUAGGCAUUCGUCAGAUUCGUCGGAAUCGAGUAGCGAUGACGAUGACGAUGAGGACGAUGAUGAUGACUCGAAUGAGUCAAAUAAAGGUUCAAAUGAUGAUUCGAAUGAAGCUUCUGAUUACAAUAAUCCAAGCCCUUUGUCGGUGGAACGGUUAGCAAAGUCGGAUCAUUCCGAGGGAGGAUCGCCAGGACAUGUUGAUUCAAAUGGCGCAGCAAAAGGUGAAGAGACGGAGGAGAAGGUCACUCAAGUACCUGAAUUGCCGCCGUAUUUACCAGCUAUCCAAGGUUGUAGAAGUGUCGAGGAAUUCCAGUGUUUGAAUCGUAUAGAGGAAGGUACUUACGGUGUCGUGUAUCGAGCCCGAGACAAGAGAACGGAAGAAAUAGUCGCGUUAAAACGACUCAAAAUGGAGAAGGAAAAGGAAGGUUUUCCCAUUACAAGUUUGCGAGAAAUCAACACCUUGCUCAAAGCUCAACAUCCGAAUAUUGUCACUGUUCGUGAAAUAGUCGUGGGAAGUAAUAUGGACAAGAUUUUUAUAGUCAUGGAUUACGUGGAACAUGAUCUCAAAUCAUUGAUGGAAACAAUGAAAAAGAAGAGGCAAGCUUUCAUCCCUGGUGAAGUAAAGUGUCUAAUGCAGCAAUUAUUGCGAGCUGUGGCACAUUUGCACGACAAUUGGAUAUUGCAUCGCGAUUUGAAGACGUCAAAUCUGCUAUUGAGCCAUCGAGGAGUUUUGAAGGUCGGUGAUUUUGGACUUGCGAGAGAAUAUGGCUCUCCUCUCAGACACUAUACACCUAUCGUCGUAACUUUAUGGUAUCGAGCACCUGAACUUCUUCUUGGCGGAAAAGAAUAUAGUACUCCAAUUGACAUGUGGUCUGUCGGCUGUAUUUUUGCCGAGUUUCUGAGUAUGGAAGCUCUAUUUCCUGGCCAAAGUGACCAAGAUCAGAUAAACAGGAUAUUCAAAGAACUUGGAACGCCAAAUGAUCGAAUUUGGCCGGGUUUUUCAAAAAUGCCACUUGCGUCAAAAACAGUUUUCUCGCAUUAUCCUGUUAACAACUUGAGGCAGCGAUGUAGGUCUAGUGAUCUUGGAAUUGAGUUGCUAAACAAAUUCUUAACGUAUGAUCCUCAGCAACGAGUAACGGCCGAAGACGCAUUGAAACACAGUUUCUUCACUGAAGCCCCGUUACCAAUCGAUCCGAAAAUGUUCCCUACGUGGCCGGCCAAAUCUGAACUGGGAGUAAGAACAGCGAAUAACGCGUCUCCAAAACCGCCAAGUGGAGGCAAAGAAUACAAACAGCUGGGUGAUGGAGACGAUGUUGAUAUAAAUUCUUCUGGCUUCCACAUGGGCCUAAUGGAAGGAAGUAAGCCGCCACAGUCUGGGGGCGGGUUUCAUCUUAAGUUUUAAACAAUAUCCAUAAUGGAAUAGCACAAAUUUGUAACAAAAUAUGAUUAAAUUCAAAAAAAAAAGUAAGUAUAA